AUGCUGCGUGCGAGCGAUAGAGAUCGCCUCUAUCUUCUCGUGAGGCGGGUGUCAGGCCUCGAGGAGCAGCCACCUAUUGCAGUGGCGCGCCCAGAUCAAGACCGCUUUGGCCGUCGUAUUUCCUGUUGUCAGUGCGAUGUUAUGGUGGAAGACGACGACGACAAGGAUGAUGAAUAG